CACACCGUCUCAGCACCACCUCAGCACCAGCAACACAGACACAAAGAGACAAAAUAGUGUAAUUCAGUACAGACCAUCGCAUAAUGUCAGUCAGUCAUAGCAAGCCAGGACAGCUUUGGCGUCAGGCGGAUACUCGAAGCCCACCCGGAACUGAUGCACCACAAACACCGCAUAAGUGACCAUCUCACACAAUGUCUGUGCGCACCAGGUUGUCGACAUUCACUUUCGUGUGUAUGUAAGUGUAGUCCGCCUCCACACAAAUGCUGCCAUCGGCGUCGAUAUCGAAGGCAACCUCGAUGAGCGGCGUGCCGCGCGGGGUCGGUGGGAUGCCUUGCGAGUAGAAGCUGCAGAGCAACUUGUUGUCAGUGGUCAUCGCCGCCUCGCCCUCGUACACCUACAGUACAACACAGACAACACGCAUACGCAACACACAUAUGUAAAUCCAAUUGCCACGGUGCAGCAGUGUGUUGUCCACCUGAAUGAGCACGCUCGUCUGGUUAUCUGAGUCUGUGGUGAAUGUGCAGGUCUUUCUGGUAGGCAUCGUGGUGUUGCGCUCGACGACCUUGGUCAUGACGCCUCCCGCGGUCUCCACCCCCAGUGAGAUGGACGUGACGUCCAGCAACCGAAUGUCCGCUAAGUGGGGCUCUUGCGCACCGGAAAGCAUCGCGGCCAUUGCCGCCGCACCGCGAACCACAGUACCGUCAGCAAUGGGUCCGAUCGGCUGCUUGCCGCAGAAGAAAUCCUGUGUAUGUAAAACACAACACCACACGAAGGCGGAGGGGCGUGUGUCCUGUCGUAACAUGCCUGUCGCCGCUCACAGCUCACACCACACCGUGCCAGCGCCUACCGUGAUGAGCUGUUGGAUCUUGGGGACGCGUGUGGAUCUGCCGACAAGCACCACAUCGUCUACCGACUGCUUGUCCACGCCGCCGUCCUUGAGCGCCUUGUCCAUCAGCAGCAGGAUGCGCCGGAACAAGCGCGCACACAACUUCUCAAAAUGCGUACGGGAGAUGUCCACUGAGUAGUCGACGCCCUGACGUCGCACACAGAAGAUGGGGAAGGGCAAAGCACACAAGCAGGACAUCAUCACAGUGUUCCUCCCUCCCUCCCUCCCUCUCAAUCUCGCCACCUUAAGGAGCUGGUUGAAAACACAUCACGCACAAGACAGGGAAGGGCGAAAAAAACACACACACACAAAUGACGUCACCACAUUUUGCAACCAUCCAUCCGUCCGUCCCUACCUCAGAAAGGAGCUGAUCGAUUUCGAUGGUGACUUCGGUGACCGAGGAGAGUGCCCGCUUUGCUCUCUCGCAUUCUGUGCGCAGCCGCAGCAUUGCACGGCUGCCGGUGGUGAGGUCCCUGCCCUUGUUCUUGCCUUUGAAGUCCUGCACGCAAAACUCCACCAACCGGUUGUCGAAGUCCUCGCCGCCGAGUGUGUCGCCCGCUGUGGCCUUGACCUCGAGGACGCCGUCCUCGAUUACCAGCAGCGACACGUCACAUGUGCUGCCGCCCAGGUCCAAGAUGAGCACAUUGCGCUUGCCCGUACUCGUCUCGCCCCUCCUGUCCAGGCCGUACGUUGAGAGGGCGGCAGCGGCGUGGUCAUUCAUCACGCGCAUGAUCUUCAGACCGCUCCUCGUGGCUGCAUCCUUGAUGGCCUGGCGCUGCGACUGACCGAAGUGCCCCGGGACGGUGAUGACGGCCUUCUUGACUGUCGUGCAGAGGUAUGCCUCGGCUGUCUCCUUCAGCUCGGUCAGCACCAUGGCCGCCACAUCUUCCGGUAAGAACGCCUUGAUCUCGCCAUGGUGGAUCCCCUCGAUGAUGGCCUUGCCGCCCUUCCCCUUGACGACCUUGAAGGGCCAGUGCUUCAGAGAGAGAUGCUGCACAGAAGGGUCAUCGAACUUGCGGCCAAUCAGACGCUUAGCGGCGAUGAGGGGGAGGUCUCUUUUGAACGUGGCCGCAGGCGAAAGGGUGGCGGGGUCAUCCUCAGGCUGCUCGUUUGUGGUGACCUUGGCCUGACGCAACACAACCACACACAUCCAUCCAUCGACUCACGAGUGCAGUUGCUCAGAUCUGUCUACCGUGUUGCUUUGGAACACGGCGACGCGUGAGUGGGUGGUGCCCAAGUCAAUGCCGAUGGCAGGACCUGCAGCACCAAAGACAGACGAGGCGAAAGUGAGAUGUCUGCCUUCUUCCUCACCCUCGGUGGUCAUGGGGUGUGACGGCCAG